CGCAGGCUCAGCAAACAGGUUUGUUAUUUGGCGAGCGCCUGUCCAGCUGCGAUCCUAGUUCUCGCGAUAGAAAGCGCAAAGCCUGCCGGGAGGGAUGCGCGGCCGUCGGUAGGUUUGCCCAAAAUGGCAGCCCUGGAGGAGGAAUUCACGUUGUCUACGGUACCCUUGGGUGCCGGGCCUAACGGACUCCUAGGUGUGGAGCAGAGCGACAAAACAGACCAGUUUCUAGUGACGCACGGCGGCAGGACCGUCAUCCUCUAUAAGGUUUCUGAUCAGAAACCCUUGGGGAGCUGGUCAGUGAAACAAGGCCAAAUUAUAACGUGUCCAGCUGUGUGCAACUUUCAAACUGGAGAGUUUAUUGUUGUACAUGACAAUAAGGUUUUGAGAAUAUGGAAUACUGAAGAUGUAAACCUGGAUAAAGUAUUUAAAGCCACAUUGUCAGCUGAGAUCUAUAGGAUACAUUCAAUACAAGGGACAGAACCCUUAGUGCUAUUCAAGGAAGGUGCUGUUCGUGGUUUAGAGGCCUUGCUUGCAGAGCCCCAGCAGAAAAUUGAAACUGUUCUCUCUGAUGAUGAAGUGAUUAAGUGGACAAAGGUUUUCAUGGUAUUUAGGCAUCCUGUCUUAAUCUUUAUUACUGAAAAACAUGGAAAUCACUUUGCUUACAUACAAACAUUUAGCUCUCGCACCUUAAGCAAAUACACACUCUUCCAUGGACAAGAAGAAAAAUCUGUCAUACAGAAUUUUACUGCAUCUGUGGAUCGGAAAUUCAUCUCUCUGAUGUCAUUAAGCUCUGAUGGGUGUGUAUAUGAAACCUCGAUACCAAUACAUCCGAGGGACCCAGACGAAAAUCAGAGGGUAGUCAGAUCGCUAUUGCUCAAGACUGUGGUGGCCGGUAAUGCUCGAAGUGGUGUUGCACUCACCGUCCUGGAUCAGGAUCACGUAGCAGUCCUAGGACCGCCGCUGCCAGCUUCCAAGGAAUGCCUUUCCAUAUGGAACACGAAAUUUCAAACACUACAGACUUCCAGAGAGUUACCACAGGGGACCAGCGGUCAACUCUGGUAUUUUGGGGAAAAUUUAUUUAUGCUACAUGGAAAAUUUCUUACUGUGAUUCCAUACAAGUGUGAAGUAUCUUCAUUAGCAGGUGCUCUUGGAAAACUCAAGCAUAGUCAAGAUCCAGGCACUCACACUGUGCCUCAUUUUGUAAACUGGGAAACAUCUCGAGGAUAUGGAUUUGGAUCCCAGAACUCAGAGCAGUCGAAGAGAAUUUUAAGGAGAAGGAAAAUUGAAGUGAAUGUGCCGCCUCCAGCAUUCGAACAACUUUUAUCAACAAUAAAGAAAGAUUCAGAAAAAGACAUUGAAGUAGAACUAUGUAAAUUUUUGGCUGUGAAGCGGACACCUGACUUUCAUACUAUUGUUGGGGACAUAGUAUUAGAACUUCUGGGACGACAUACAACAGAGCCAUCAUUUUACCCCCGGAACUCUCUGAUGCAACUUAUCCAGACACACGUGCUUUCUUACAGCUUGUGCCCCGGCCUGAUGGAGGCGGCCUUGGAAAAGACAGAUGUGCAGAUGUUACAGCUGUGUCUACAGCAGUUCCCCGACAUUCCUGAAUCGAUCACCUGCGCUUGCUUAAAACUUUUCUUGAGCAUUAGUGAUGACAGUCUUCAAGAAACAGAAAUCAAUAUGGAAUCAGUUUCUGACUGUAGUGAUCCUGUGCAAGAGAAAAUGGACGAGCAAACGGAAAUUCUUCAAAACGGUUUCAAUGCUGACGAACAAAACUGUGAUAGCUGUGAUCGGAAGUUAAACCAAAAGCCUCAGGACGCAGCCGAGGAGACCACCUCGUGCCCUGUGGUACCGAAGAGAGCGGCACUGCUAAAUGCAAUUCUUCAUUCAGCUUAUAGCGAAAUGUUUCUUCUGCCGCACUUGAAAGACAUCCCAGCACAACACGUCACUCUAUUUCUCCAGUAUUUGUAUUUCCUUUAUCUGAAGUGUAGUGAAAAUGCUACUAUGACUCUUCCUGGACUGCACCCUCCAACCUUGAACCAAAUUAUGGAUUGGAUAUGCCUCCUUCUGGAUGCUAACUUUACCGUUGUGGUAAUGAUACCAGAAGCAAAAAGACUACUGUUAAGUCUUUAUAAGUUUGUGAAAUCCCAGAUAUGCAUUUGCUCCGAGCUCAACAAGAUUGAAGUAAGUUUUCGUGAGCUGCAAAAACUAAAUCAAGAAAAGAAUAAUAGGGAAUUAUAUUCAAUCGAAGUACUGGAACUCUUCUGAUACUACCGAUUCUCCUUCAUAGAUGUUUUAUGAAGCUCUUUUAUGUGAAUUCUUCCUGCUCAUCCAGGCAAGAGAUGUGUUUUGUUUGUAACUGUCUCCGUGACCAGAGAAAUGAGUCCUCUAGUACCUGGACCAUCACUGUUGCAUUCUUCUGGGUUGGAACAUAGGUUUCAUGUGAACCUAUUUUAGUUUAUGGACAUUGGUGGGGAGAGGUUCUGAAACUUUUUUUAAAUAUGUAACUGAGCUGAUUUUAAGUAAACUUAUUUGUGUAUUGAUAAAAAUCUAAUUUCUUACCAUGUGUUUUGGUUAGUUCUUCUUUUAGUAAAAAAAAAUAAAUAAUAAAUAAAUAAUAAUAAUAGUAAAAAUCACCACUGAAACAGUGAUUCUAAGAAGAAUGUAGUUUUAUCAGAGUCCGAAGCUGUCCUAGCUCAUCCGUGCUUGUGGGGGACCGAAGAAGUCGGUCCCAUAAGCAGGUGCAGAAAGGUCUGUACAGGCAUGUGCCUGUCUUCUGCCAUUUUCUCCUGUCCUUUAUCGACUUCUGCUUACCUUCUUUAUAUGCCUAGGGGUUGAACAGUACCUCCCUCUAUUUAUUGUCCCUCAGAUCAUCUUCGUGAUGAGUAGGUAAUUUAGGUUUUUAUAUUACUAAAUAGUAGAAAAGUCUGUUCUGAAAAUAGCUUUAUAGGUUAGUUGACCAUAGAAUUUCCCAUUUUAACUCUUUGGAUUUAGGACAGAUGAGGGGUUUUAUGUAGAUGAAAUGGAUGCUUUUGUUUCUUGGAGAUAAACUCAGGAUUUAUCUUUGUUAAAAAUGAAAUCAUUCGGGGCGCCUGGGUGGCUCAGUCUGUUGGGCAUCCGGCUUUGGCUCAGGUCAUGAUCUCGCAGUUUGUGAGUUCGAGCCCCACGUUGGGCUCUGUGUGGAUAGCUCAGAGCUUGGAGCCUGCUUAGGAUUCUGCACCUGCCUCUCUUUCUGCUCCUCCUCCUCUCUCUCUCUCUCCAAAUUAAACAUUAAAGAAAAAUUUUAAAAAAAAAAAUGAAAUCAUUCUUUCAGGUGAUGAAUUAAGAUCCCUGUAAAUAACUUGAAACAUUUCUGAGCAAUGAAAUCUCUGUUGAGUAAAUCAUAUUGAAACCUGUUUUAACUUGAAGAGUUUCAAUAUGUGAAAAACAAUUCCUGUAAAUUCUAGUGCAUAAAUAUAAGUUCAAAUGUGAUUGUAGAGCCCAGAGUUACAGAAUUCGGAUUGCUUAACUUAAUUUGCAUCAGAGAGAGGCUUCGUUUUAGGUCAGGCACUCCAUGUAAACUUUAGUUACAACUGUGACAUUUAACAAACAGCCACCCCUCCCUUGUUCUUAAUCUCUUUUUAAUCCUGAGAGAAAAGACUUAACAAAGGUAACAGCGUAUGUUAAUUGUCACGCUCACUUUACAUAACAGGAAUUUUUGCUCUUAAAGUGAUAGGGUACUUCUCAGCAGAAAUAGAAAAUCCAGGUUUUCGUAGUAGUAGAGUUUCUGUAUAUGGUCCUUAUAAAGUCUUUAUUGUAAAGUUUAAUAGUGUGGAUUUAAUAUUAGGGAAAUUUUGCUGAUGCUACAUGCUAUAAAAUUAGGUUGCCCACAACCUAAGUCACUAAAUUUAAAAAUAAAGAUUUUAUAAGGAUAUGUAGAGACUUUUUUUCUAUCGAAGUAUAAUUGACAGUAGACUCUUGUAGGCCGAGUCCUUCAAGGCAAGGGUUAUGUCUUAUCCUUUCUGCACACUAAACACGGGACCACGGGCACAUAAUUAGCGUUCAGUAGAUGGUUACUGAAUAAAGUUACUGAAUAAUGGAUCUUAUCUGUCCAGCUAUUGAGUAAAUUCUGAGGUUUGCAGCAGUUAAUUUUUCUGGAAACUAAAUCCUCUGUGUUUACAUAUAGUCAGCGUACCUUUUGCCUUUAUACUUACUUUUCAUAACCCUAAAUUAUAUCUCAGAUUUGUUUCUGGUUACAUACUACAUCUAUAAAAAGAAAAAUAAUUGUUUUUUAAACUUAAAUUCUCCAUUUAGGAAGCAGUUUCCUGCUGUGAACUUAAUGUUUUAUCAAGGUAAUGUGGACUAACAAAUUAUCUUUAAUACUUGAAAUUAGACAUCUGUUUGCCUUUUGUCUCUUUAGGUUUCUUGUGAAUAUUUGGUGACUAACUAUAGUGGAAUCCAUUCUGGAUCAUGUAUAGAACUUUUUGGAACUCACGACCCUGAGAUCAAGAGUCACAUGCUCUUCC